AUGAAUUACUUCGCUAAGUACGUACCAACAAAUUUUAAUGAAAUGGCGACAGAUAUGUGGGAGGCUUUUUGCGAAAGGAACUUGAAUGCUGAACAUGUGGGAGUAAUAUACUUGACUUAUGUUACCUGUUUGGUUACCUUCUAUAUCUUCCGAAAUAAUUUUUCAGACAAAUUUAUUCAUUUCAUAAGAAUUUUCAAAAGUGUUUUGGUUUCUAUUAUUUCUUUAAUUAGUUUGAAAUAUUUAAACUUAAACACUAUAUUAAGUAUUAAUUUACUUCAUGUGUAUAAUAUUAUACAGCUGUGUAAUUUUUUAGAGGAAUUUAGCAAAAGAUCAAAUGGAAAACCAUUCGACCAAGAAAAGAACAUAGUAAAUAAAUAUGAAUUAAGUAAUGAGAAUAAAAAAGAUAAUGAAUAUGAGUGCAAAUUAAUAGGAGAUACGUCAAAGCAUUUAGAAAACAUCGCAAAGAAAAUUUUAAAGAGUGAACAAAGCCUAAUAGAAAAUAAAGGGAUACUAAAAGAAAAAGAAAUUAUAGAAGAAAUUGAAAAAAAAGAAAAAGAAGAAGAAGAAUAUAUGAAAAAAAAAAAUAAUAUGAAGCUCAAAAAAAGAAAUAAUAAGAAAAAUGCAAAUAUUUAUGGAAUAUACAUUUUUGCAUUACAAACAUUUUAUGUAAUCUUCUUUUAUUUUUAUUGGAAGUUUAUUCAAAAUUUUACUAUCAUAAAAAUAUAUUUAACUUUACAAUUAAGUAAAAGUUUGCUUUCUUUUGCGUCAAUUUUUUUCAAAAAUAAUUCAAAUGUGAAAUUAUUAAAUAGAAUAGCGCAUGCAUUCAAUAUUGCACAUAUGAUUUGGAUAAGUUUAUUUUUUACGAAAUUGUUAUAUACGUCAGAUGAUAAUUCAGAAUUAAUACAGCAAUUUUCAACCAUUUCUAUCGUCUUCUAUAUGUAUUACACAUAUAUGUCUUUUGCAAGUUAUAUAUACAAUUAUCAUAAGCAGUUCAGAUCCUCUUUGUUUACUUUUAUUUUAUUUUUUCAUAUAUUUGCGUUAAUUGGAGCUGUAAAAAUAUAUUACCAUGCAUAUGGAAGGUCUUUGUUCAUUCAGUGUAUAAUCUUUUACCUGAUAAACGGCUUUGGAAUAACGUUUGGGGCACAUCGCUUAUGGUCACAUCGAGCGUUUAAGGCUGGUUCCUUUGUGCAAUUAUUGUUUAUAAUUUUGAACAGUUUUGCAAAUCAAGGUAGUGUAAUAGUGUGGGCAAAAAAUCAUCGUUUACACCACAAAUAUAGUGAUACCAAAUAUGAUCCUCAUAAUAUAAGAUAUGGUUUUUUUUAUAGUCAUAUUGGAUGGUUAUUAUAUCAGAAAACAAAAUAUGUCAGAGAGAAAGAAAAAGAAAUUUAUAUUGAUGAUUUAUUACAAAAUCCUCUUCUCGUAAUACAACAUAAAUUAGAUCCAUAUUUUAAUUUUUUUUUCUGUUUUAUUAUACCGGGUAUAUAUUCUUAUUAUAUGUAUAACAGUUUUUGGGAUGGAUUCUUCAUAUUAGGAGCACUCAGGUGGAUCAUAACAUUACAUGCUACGUGGUCAAUUAAUAGUGCUUCUCACUCCUUUGGUCAUAGACCUUAUAAUAGUGAUAUAAAAGCUUCUAAUAAUAUUUUUACAUCAAUUGUAGCACUUGGAGAGGGUUGUCAUAACUAUCAUCAUGUAUUUCCAUAUUGUUAUGCUAUGAAUGAAAAUUUUUAUAUUCUUAGUAUAAAUCCAACUAAGUAUGUAAUAAAAUUUUUUUAUCAUUUGGGAUUAGUAUGGGAUUUAAAAACUGCACAAAAUAUUUGUAAAGAAGUUCGAUUAAGAGAAGCUUUAAAAUUAGAAAAGAGAAAUAAAUUAUUAAGUGAGAAUAUUAAAAAUGAAUUAAUGAAAAAAGAAGAUACAAGCUAUAUAACUGAAUUAAUGACAUCUUUUAAAAUACGUUGUAAUGAUUAUAUAAAUAUCUCGACCUUUCGGUAUAUUUUGUAUUUCCUUAGUGAUAUUAUAAUUAUGAUUGGCAUAUUUCUAAUUCAUGUGUGGUAUUGUUAUAAUAAAUAUGGAAAUGGAACUAUGUUUUCAAAUAUAUCAGAAAAAUUUUCACAUAUACAGAGGAACAGUAUAUUUCUUUCUAUUUCUUUAUUUAUAUUUUUUCAUUUUAUUUUAUAUGCUCUACCGAUGGGAACUAUGUUUGCUAGUCUUUAUUCAUUGGUUUAUGAGUGUAAAAGAGGAUUGCUAUUUAAAAAUGCGUUUUGCAAUAAUUUCGUUGGUAGUAUAAUAUCUUCUUUUAUUGUACUACCAUACAGCUCAGAAAAAACAAGAAAAUCAUUGCAAAAAUCAUUGAAUGAAGAUUUUUUUAAAAUUUUAAAAGGACCUAUAUAUUUUGAUAUGUACACAUUUAUAUUUUCAGUAUUCUUAGUACUAUAUGGAAUGGUCACCUACGUAUUUGGCUAUUUUUAUUUUUUCACAUUUUUUAUAGCUCCAUAUUUUGUAUUUAAUAUGUGGCUAUUAAUCUAUGUCUAUUUAUUAAACAACCCACCAUUUUUGAAUGUAGACAUGGAUACAAAAGACCUAGACAUAAGUGUUUUAAAUUAUGUUGCUUUUCAGUCCUUACUUGAAUGGAAAAAAAAUAAUUCAAUUUAUCAAAGUCAGAAAAAAUUGUAUAAAAUGGUUUUCUUCUUCAUAAAUUUUAUACAUCAUCAUUUGUGCUAUACACAUAUUGUGGAAUUUAUAAACUCAAAAAUACCAAGUUAUCGAUCAAAAGAAAUGUAUAAGCAUUUUGACAAAACAUUGAAUCAGUACAAUUCCUUUCGCAAUGACAAGUUUAUGGAAAUUCUCAAGCAAUUCUUAUGA